CCGGGGAGCGCCGGCGCGGCCGCGUAAUCCGUCACUCCUGGGAGAUGGUGGCUCAUUAACCCAUUACCCGGGAGGUGGGGACGUGCCGGGAGGGAGCUAGGAAAGGAGAGCCGGGGGUGGGAGAGGCAAAGCGGGCAGGGGAGGAGCUGUGCGGGGCCGGAGCAGCGGAGCCCGGGCAGGGACAGCAGUGCCCCGAGCACGGCAGGGGAAGGACGGCGGCGGCCACCGGGGCCACGCGUGGGGCAGCCUCGCCGAGCCCACCGACCUCUCCCCCCGCGAGGAUGAAGCGGCUCUGCGAGGAGAGCUCGUCCGACACCGAGUCUGACGGCACCAUCGACGUGGGCCGCGAGGAGGAGUACAGCCAUGUUUCCAGGUCUGUGUCUCCCACUACAACAUCUCAGAUACAAGCCAGGAAGAAGAGGAGAGGGAUCAUCGAGAAGCGGCGCCGUGACCGUAUCAACAGCAGCCUCUCGGAACUGCGGCGCCUGGUCCCCACCGCCUUCGAGAAGCAGGGGUCUUCCAAGCUGGAGAAGGCAGAAAUUCUACAGAUGACAGUGGAUCACUUAAAAAUGCUUCAUGCCACUGGAGGAACAGGCUUCUUGGAUGCCCGAGCUCUGGCUGUGGAUUACAGGAGUAUCGGCUUCCGCGAAUGCCUCACUGAAGUUGUCAGGUACUUGGGCGUCCUCGAGGGCCAAAACGCCACCGACCCCAUCCGGCUGCGACUCCUCUCCCACCUGAAUAAUUACGUGGCAGAAAUGGAGCCUUCACCUGUGGCCACGUCCCUGCUGCCCAUCCAGACGUGGCCGUGGUCCUUCCUCCACAGCGCCGCCGGCCCCGUGCAGAUCCCCAGGAGGGAGGCUGCUCCCGCUCCGGUAGUUUUGACUGCAUCUUCCCUGGCUUACCCAAGCCCUGCUGUGAGGCCAGCCCCGCUUCGCCGUGUCCCGGGGGACAUGCUGCCGUCCCGCCGAAGCUUCCUGGCCAGCAGGAUGGGCUCUUCCAGCCGGAGGGCCCGAGGCGGAGGCUCGUCCACAGCCGUAGCAGCCGUACCCAGGAUGCCAUCGCCAGCGGGUGUAUUGAGAGAGGGCUCGUCCAAGAGCAGCCAAAUCGCAACAUUCCUCUUCUCCCCAGCCUCUGCUGGCAUCCCCGUUCCACCACCUUACACGGCACCCCCUGUCUUGGGCGCUGCUGCUCAGGGACCAGGGAUCAGGGUUGGGACAUCCAGGAUCUGCCGCUCGUGGGCGACUGAAAUCGGGGCUUUCUGACCCUCCCUUCUCCUUCGGAGACAGGAAUUCUUCAGCACUCGUUGCCCGCAGGCCUAAGAACAAACUCGGCUGAAAAGGCGUCUUUCCUGCUUUGCAGAAGCCAAGGAUCCAUAGAGAAAAUUCUCUUUGCUCUUCCCUCUCUCCUCGCACCGCCUUCCUCGCCUCACCAUCACACGUCCUCUCCCUCGUGAUGCCUGCAGACGUAAAUCACAUCCGAUUCGAUGCACUUGUCUGCACGCGGAUGUACUCCAGACCCUUCCAGCUACGAGGGAGGGGGCACACACACAUCCUAAGCCCAUUCCUCCUCCAGCAAACCCCUCUGCAGAGCCCAGCGUUGCUCUCCUUUGGAAAACAGCCAGCCUUGAAAUACUGUCUUAUUUGCCUGGGAACUCGGAGCUGCCAGAGAGACUUGCUCGUGCUGAUUCCCUGCGAUGUGUCCCCCAGCUGCAGGACCUAAUUUUGGUGUGGUGGGACGGACACAGCUCACCCCUGCCCAGCACUUCUGGCACCCACAAGGCAGGAUAGAGCCCCCUCCAGCUCCCAAAGCGAACUGGCUGCCUGCUAAUCCCUGUGCUUUCCUCACCGCAUUACCAGCUCUUCCCACUUAUGUGCCCUUAAGGUGGAGUGAGGCAACAGCUUAACAGAGCUCGUUCCCACAGCCCGGCUGAAAAUCCCAGUCAUGUCUGCAGGGCCUGUGCUGGGUCCCUGCACAAACUGUGCCGGAGCAGCUGGCCAGGCCACCUGGGUGCAGCCCUUGCUCCUCACUGAGGUGUGAAGAGGCGAGACAGAGGAUUUCAAAGGGACGUCUGUCACAGAAGGGAAGGCUCUGACGGCCAAAGUGAGAAGAAAAUGCCUUUUCCCUCUGCCAGUCUCCCUGCUGGAGCCGUCUCUCCUCCACCCCCUGCUGAAACCUCCACCCCCUGCUGAAACCAUGACUGCACAGCGGGAACGGGUCAGAGCAGCCUGCAUUUGAAGUGCCUCCCUCAUUGUCCCUUAGCCCAGCAUCCCUCACCCUCUCCUCCUACAAUGUCUCUGUUUUCUUCCUCCAGCACCAUGUUUGGGUCUCACUCAUUCCUCUUCCUGGGCUGGGACCAAAACCCACUGAGGUGUCACUGCAGACCUUGGCGAGCUCUGGGUCUGCACUUGUCCUGAGUCUGAGCUUUUUCUGCCUUACCCUGUGUGCCCCUAGACAACUGAUGCAGCAGAUAUGCCUCUGCUCCUCUGGCUGUCCUCCCUCCCUCUCUUCCUCGGGCACAAAGAACAGAAACUUGAAGUUUUCAAGCCACCCUUCUGCGCCACGUCUCAUGGAGGCAGGGCAGGGUCUCCCAGUGCUCCCCCUCACCUGAAUGGCCCCCACUCCCUGCAUCUGUGCCUUGAUUGCUGGGAUACAUGUGCAGAAUAGCCUGGACCCAGUUGCAUGCCCACCCCUAGCCCACCUCUGCAGCACUGUGACACUGAAGAAGAAAAAUGUGGUCGGUACAAAGAAAGGUAAAAAAGAGGGAGAAGAUCCCUCUUGAAUGGGAGAGGCUCUUCCCAUGCCUCAGGUCAAACACACCACAGCCAGUUGGGCUGUGUGGAUGAGCUGGUGUUUUCCUCCCUGCAGAUUGCAUCUGCUAUGUGCAUGUCAACGUAUGUAUCUGCUAUUGUUUUGAAAGUGAGUCCCUCCCAGUUGUUUUGAUGAAAGUCAUCGCACUUAACACACAGAAAUGCCUCCGCUACUUUUCCUCCCCCUUGUCCUGAAGUGCCAGAAUCAGCCAGGAACAACGUAUUCCCUUUUGAUAAAGUCAGAGGAGGGGGAUCCUUGCAGACCCCGGCUGUUCCUGUGGCUGGUUGGCACGUUAGAGCUCACGACGAGUAGCCCGGCCUCACUUUACACUGUGCAGUGCUCUUAGAUUCACAAGUUGUGACAUCAGCAAAGGUGUCAAAUAAAGUCUUUCAAACCCCUG